AUGGCAGAAUUAAAGGAGCAUCCGAUCAUCCAGGCGUCGUAUGUACGUCAGGCGAGAGACAUCGCAAUGGGCGUGCAUCCGCUCUCGAAGAACGCUCUUUCCCUCUUGCUGCUGACAGACGCUCUUCUCACCAGCUUGAUUAUUUGGAAGGUUCCUUAUACGGAAAUCGAUUGGAGCACCUACAUGCAGCAAGUCGAGCUGUACAUCAAGGGCGAGCGCGAUUAUACCAAAAUUACAGGCAGUACCGGACCGCUGGUGUAUCCCGCUGCGCAUGUUUAUAUCUACUGGUUGCUGUACGAGUUUACGGGUAAAGGGAGCAACAUUUUGCGCGCGCAAGUCUUGUUUGGGGGUUUGUAUCUGGCAACGUUGGGGGUGGUUAUGAGUUGCUACCGAAGGGCGAAGGCACCGCUCUAUAUCUUCCCCAUGCUCAUCCUCUCCAAGCGACUCCAUAGCAUCUUCGUCCUGCGGCUGUUCAACGACUGCUUUGCAGUUUUCUUCCUUUGGGUCGCCAUCUACUUUUUCCAACUCCGGAUGUGGACUUUAGGAGGUGUGGCAUACAGCUUAGGGGUUGGGGUUAAGAUGUCACUGCUGCUGUCUCUCCCAGCGGUGGGAGUCAUUUUGUUCUUGGCGAGAGGUUUUCAGGGGGCUCUCAAGCAAGCCUCGCUUAUGGCCCAACUUCAGGUAGUCCUUGCGCUUCCAUUUAUCUCUGGUAACACAAUGGGGUAUCUGAGCAGGGCUUUCGAGUUCUCAAGAGUUUUCAUGUUCCAAUGGACUGUUAAUUGGAGGUUCCUGGGUGAGAAGACCUUCUUGAGCAAGAAGCUUGCAGUAGCUCUGUUGGCUGGACACAUCAGCACGCUACUAUUGUUCCUCUAUACACGCUGGCUCAAACCUGCAGAAAAGUCAUGGAUGGAACUGAUCAACAACGCAUUGAAAUUGCAGGAGCCUUGUGGGAGGAUGCAGCACGCAGUUUCGAUUCGAGUCUCGCCAAACUAUGUCUUGACGACUAUCCUCACUGCCAACGCUAUUGGAAUGUUGUUUGCCCGCUCGCUCCACUACCAAUUUUACGCUUACAUCGCCUUGGCUACUCCGUUCCUUCUGUGGCGCAGUGGUAUGCACCCGAUAUUCCAGUACGGACUCUGGGCCGUACAGGAAUGGGCUUGGAAUGUGUAUCCUAGCACAGAUUUGAGCUCGAAAUCGGUGGUUUGCAUUUUGGCUAUUACCGUUCUAAGGAUGUGGUGGGGGACUCGAACAGAUUUCGUGGUUCCUCGGGGUGAUGGGGCUGCAAGCAAGAAGCUUACUUGA